AUGGAGAACUAUAAGAAGACAAAAAUUGUGGAGAAACCCUGUCCUCUUCCUUUCACCAACCUGCCUCCUGAUAUUAUUGAAAUGAAGGUGAAGGAUGGGAGCAAAAUCAGAAAUUUGAUGGGCUAUGCCAUCAGCAAAAUGGAGCUCGAUUCUGUGAGACAGAUUCUUUUCAGUGGCUCAGGCAAGGCUGUCAGCAAGACUAUUACCUGUGUGGAAAUCAUGAAGCGAAGGCUGAAAGAGCUGCACCAGAUCACCAAAGUGCUCUUCAGACAGAUCGAAGAGAUCUGGGAACCCAUUGUGCCUGAGGCAGGCCUUGAUGCCUUGACGGUGAAGAGGAACAUUCCUGCCAUAUGUGUCCUUCUCAGCAAAGAUGCCCUCGACCCUCAGGAGCCGGGAUACCAGGCCCCAGGCUCUUUUGAUGCCUUCUGGAUUGAGACACUUAAAGCCGAGUCCCAGGGCCAAAUGAAGAGGAAGCAGGGUGGAGGCAGGGGAGCUGGCAGCACUGGAAAGCACCCUCGGUCUGCUGGAGGAGGGCCUGGGGAGUCCUGUGCCAAGUCUUGA